CAAGAAAAUAUGAAGAUUGCUGUCGAAGGCACUGUUGCUCUGGUUGCUGACAGCCAACAGACUGUUGAUUGGACAAAAGUUGGCGACACCGAUCAGAUAGAGCAAUCAAGGUGGAGGUCCCUGAUUAAGGCAGCCAAGCCCAACACGAAGAAAAUCUUGGCUUAUCUCGGGAUCAAACCAGCUUCGACUCCUAGCUCAUCAAGGCCGGAGUUGGUAUUUGAUAACUAUACUCCAUCUUCCGCUCCUUCCAAUGUUUCGCCUUCUUCCUCUUGCUUGAAGAGAACUCUUGCUGAUGCCACACCUGUCGAAGAUUCUUUGCCACGAGAAUUGGAUGAACUUCGGCAGCAACUUCAGUAUGCAAAGAAGCAAACUCUUGUGAUGAUGGAAAAAUCUCGUAAGUCAUCUGAAGCCGAAAAAGUUGCACUUCAGCAAGCUCGCGAGGCCGUGGCUGCUAAGGAAAUUGCUGCUUCCGAGGCUGAAAAGGCGACUACUCGAGAAAAUUUCAUGCUCGAGUUAAUGAAUGAGGCCAGUGAGGAUAUGUUCCUUUGCUGA